AGAGAAUUUCCCAAAUUAAGUUCAUGAGUGACAUGAUGAUUUGCCGAUGUCCAGCAUUGCCACUGAAUUCAUUUAAUGACCGCAUUUAUCAGUUGACAUUUGAAGUGGAUACCUGGUGUACAUGAAGUAAAAAAGUUAUUGAAUAUUAUGCCCCUUCUUCAAAAAAUGUGUUAAGGUGCAUGUUUCCAGAUCAAUGCAAAUGUUCAUGGAUGGCACAGAUUGUGACGUAACAUUCGUCAAAGUUUUAGUCUUUCCAACUCAUGAUAUUAGGCUUCGCCACUUUUUGAUGAAGGUCUGUGUUCAAGUCAGCAAGAAUUCAUCCACUGUGUCAGAUGGUCAGAUUCCAGUAAUUGACUGAUCUGAGCUGAGUGCUCAGAACAGGAGGUUGAAGAAUCAGGGCCCAGCAUUUCCUGUGGGCAUGUCUUCUCUGAGGAAUGCAGUGAAGGGACAGAAAUUUCACAGGGAGAGACAUCAGCCUGCCGCCAGACAACACCUCGGACAUCUAGAGAAGAAGCGGGACUACAAGCUCAGAGCAAAUGAAGACAAUAAAAAGAAGCACCAGCUGAAGGCCCUGAAAAGGAAGGCUCUGAACCGAAAUCCCGACGAGUUCUACUUUCACAUGGUCAACUCUGCAACGAAGGACGGGCGUCACCACGAGGUGGUGGAGGAGGAGGAGCUGCCGGAGGAGCAGGUGGCGCUGCUGCAGAGCCAGGACAUCCGCUACAUCCGGCAACGACGGCAGCUGGAGACACGCAAGCUGGCCCGCCUGACGGCCGAGCUGCACCUGCUGGACGCCGAGGGCAAGCAGAAGAACACGCACGUCUUCUUCACCGACGACAAGCGGGAAGCCCGUAGCCUGGACGUGGCGGCUCGGCUCCGGACGGCGCCCCAGCUGCUGGACCGCGCCUACAACCGACCGCGGCUGGAGCAGCUGGCGCGGCUGCCGUCCGCCGCCAAGCUCAGCGAGCAGCAGCUGGACCGCAUCCUGGAGGAGAAGAAGGCCCGCUACAGCGAGCUAACCAAGCGUCUGGAGCGGCAGAAGACCCUGGCGCUGAUGGAGCGGAGGAUGGAGGUGAAGCGGCACCUGCAGGAUAAGAAGGUGCUACCACCGAAGAAGGUGCACCCGGGCAACUCCAAGCAAGCGCCGGUGUACAAGUGGAAGACGGAGAGGAAGCGUUGACCAGGACAGGAUCAGUGUUGGUGGCAGAAUGGCCGGCGACUCGGUGAUCAGCUGGCGAAAGGGAAAUGGCGCACCGCACCGCAUCUACAGAUGGCGCCACCGGUCUCGAAAUACACGAUGGGUACUGUUU